AAAAAAAAAAAAAAAAAGAAGCGACGCCUGAGAGCGACGCUUGCAGCUGAUGUACCGCUGGCUGAAAAAUGGAGAGCGACACCACUUUCCGGAGAAUAAAACCCUUCGGGACGCAGAGUUACGCCGCGCAAGAUAACGACGGUUCCCGGGACCGUUGCGGGAAUAACGGCUACAGCGGUGACCCGAAGAGGAAGCCCGAGGUGAACAUCUACUUGCUGCGGGAAGGACUGGCAGCUUCCCUGGUCUCUGUGUUUAUUUUGGUGCUGUGGGGACUCGUUCAUUUGUCGUUGCAGCAGCUCGUCAUCGGAAAGCCGACCGGCGAGUUCAACGCACUGAGAGCCAGACAACACUUGGAGCAGAUCACCAGUGUCGGCCCUCGGCCUGUGGGCAGUCCGGAGAAUGAAGUCCUGACGGUGAACUAUCUGUUGGAGCAGAUCAAUAACAUCCGCGUGGAGACGGCAGCGGGCCCCCAUCAGCUCACGGUGGAGGUGCAGCGCCCCACAGGCUCUUUCUCCAUCGACUUCCUCGGAGGCUUCACCAGUUUCUACGACCGCGUCUCAAACAUCGCUGUCAGGCUGGAGCCGAAGGGCGGGGCGCAGCAUCUCAUGCUAGCCAACUGCCACUUUGACACAGUGGCCAACAGUCCAGGUGCCAGUGAUGAUGCAGUGAGCUGUGCAGUGAUGCUGGAAGUCCUCCAUUCUCUGGCAAACCAGUCUACUCCUCUUCGUCAUGGAGUUAUCUUCCUCUUCAAUGGGGCAGAGGAAAACAUCCUGCAGGCCAGUCACGGUUUCAUUACCCAACAUCCCUGGGCCAAGCAGGUGCGAGCUUUUAUUAACUUGGAGGCUGCAGGUGUUGGGGGCAAGGAGGUUGUUUUCCAGACAGGUCCAGAGAACCCGUGGCUGGUUCAGGCCUACGUACAAGCAGCCAAACACCCCUUCGCCUCUGUGGUUGGUCAGGAGGUCUUCCAGAGUGGCAUCAUCCCCUCUGACACUGACUUCCGCAUCUACAGAGACUUUGGUAACAUCCCAGGGAUUGAUCUGGCUUUCAUUGAAAACGGUUUCAUCUACCAUACCAAGUACGACACUGCUGACAGGAUCCUGACAGACUCAAUACAAAGAGCUGGCGACAACAUCCUGGCCGUCCUGAGAUACCUGGUAAUGUCAGAGAAGUUGGCCGAUUCCUCAGAGUAUCGCCACGGCAACAUGGUGUUUUUCGACCUAUUAGGGGUAAUCGUUGUGGCUUACCCGGCCCGUGUUGGCACCAUCCUGAACUACAUGGUGGCCAUGGCCACCUUCCUCUAUCUGGCCAGGAAAGCCUCCCUUCCAGGCAAUGGGGGUGGUCGCUAUGUCCGAGACCUGGCCUGUGCCACAGGUGUAACUGUCCUGAGCUGGUUUGUCACCCUGCUCUCCGUGCUGAUUGUUGCUCUACUCAUCACACUGUUGGGCCGCUCCAUGUUUUGGUACACCCACUUCUAUGCUUCCAUCUGCUUGUACGGGUCUGCUGCCACAGGCAAGAUGGUCCUUGUUCAUACGCUGGCAAAGAACUUGUACUUUGGAGGAGUCCGUUUGGUGGAGCUUGGCGAUCUUUUCUUUGACGUGAGCAUACUACUGUGGUGCUGCAGCCUGGUGUGGCUGACCCAGCAAGGCCUGUGUUCAGCCUACGUGCCAAUGCUAAUGGUGGCCUUUCCACUGGCCACCAGACUGCUGCUGGCCAAAGAGUUCAAACACAGAGGAGCAUCACUGAAGUACAGCGUGCUCUAUCUGCUUGGUCUGACUCUGCCGUAUGUCCACUUCAUGUUCCUCAUCUGGGUGGUGUUUGAGAUUUUCACACCCAUCAUGGGCCGCAGCGGCACAGAGAUACCUCCUGAGGUGGUGCUGGCCACUUUGGUCACCCUUACAACCAUUUUCCUCUCCUCCUUUUUUCUGCAUUUUAUCUACUUGGCACGGAGCACUAAGUGGAUCCUGACUGGUCUGGCCUCAAUAUUCAGCAUCAUGUUUCUGUUGGUGUCCAGUGGCCUCCUUUUCCCUUACUCAGGCAGUCCAGAGAGCCCCCGGCCCAAACGAGUCUUCUUGCAGCAUACGACACGGACCUUUCACAAUCUUCAGGGCCAGGUGGAGAGCCGGGACUCAGGUCUGUGGAUCAACAGUUUUGACUACACAGCCAUGCAGCACAUCACACCUCACAUCCCCGAGAUCAACGACAGCGUUCGCACCCACUGCCAAGAGGACCGACCCUUCUGUGGUUACCCCUGGUUUCUGCCUGUCAAGUUCCUCAGCAAGAAGAACUGGUACCUUCCUGCUCCCGAAGUUUCUCCCAGCUCUCCUAUUGAGUUCAGCCUGCUGUCCAGAGAGGAGACCAGCUGGGGGACGAUCAAGAUGACCUUCAGCGCGAGAGGCCCCAGCCACAUGUCUCUGUACCUGAUGCCUCACCGAGGAGCCAGCCUCUCCACUUGGUCCUUAGGGGACGGGACGCCUCAGUUCGACCUGAGCGGAGAGUAUUUUGUUUUCUAUUCUCACGGCCUCGAUGCCCCUACAUGGAGCUUCUGGUUUGAAAUACAGCCUCCCAGGGACCCCGACCCGACAGGUCCUGAGGGGAUGAUCUCUGUUGCCAUUUCCUCCCACUAUUUCUUUGGACAAGACCAGAGGACUGCUCAACUUGAGGAAAUCCUCCGCAGGUUUCCCACGUGGACUUUCCCUUCGUCUUGGGUCAGUACCUAUGACAUGUACAGAUACUGAGGACUGUCACCGAGGAGGACGACGACGAGGACACAAUGAAGAGGGGCUGCAGGGGACCCUGAGGAAGACAAAGUUACAAGGAGGACAAACCCUGCUGCCUUUUCACUCUGACACAAACACACUCUCUCACACACUCACGCUCCCUCCCAACCUGCCUGAGAGACCCCCAUCACUGUGUCAGUAGGCUUAGUGGCUAACAAAGCGGGAAAGACAUGCCAGAGGUAAGCUGAUCACACAGAGUACAGACUGAAAAAGUCUCCACCCGAUGCUCCGGGUGCCACAAACCUCGUGCUCAAUCCUGAGUUAGUGAAAUGAAGGAGUUAAGGUUUUUUUUUUUUUUCUUUUUUAAACAAAAUCUGCUGUGCCUUUGCUUUUCUCACUCCAUCUCACUCUCGCCCCUUUGCUCUCUUCCUCCUGUUCUCUCUCCCUCUUCCUGAGGUCACAUGGUUACCUCUCAUGCGAACUAUGUUUGAGCAGCCGUUCUCAAGAGUCCCUGUGUCAUUAUCUGUAAUAUACAUGUGUAUCUGGUGGAAGGGAGAAAAAUCCCUGCUUUUCUUUUCUGCCUUUUCAGGCUUUAACUGGAAAAUUUGCCACUCUUAAAGUUGCUUUUCAUACACACACACACACACACACAUACACUUGUUUAUGCCAUGAGCAAACAGUUUUUGGAAUAACUAAUCAAUUAACUGUGAAAUAGAGUUAUCAUUCCUUUCUGACACUACUGAUUUGCAGCGAGUCAUAACCCUGUGUUUCAGGGAGGAAUGCCAACAAUCUGCUUUUAAUGUCAGGGAAUCUGGCAAACAGAUGCAGAAAUCUUCGCCUGUUAAAUGGAAACAGACACAUUUCAUUUGUCAUCGGUCCUUUAAAUUACAGUAACGUUCCUGGUGGGGGGGGAUUAUGAGGUCUUAUUUGAGGUUUUAAGAUGUUCAAGGAAACUUAAAGUUUUGAUUUUUGGGCUGAGACGCAAAAAUCACAGGAGUAUACGGCUCUGUUGCUGUAGAGGACUCCAGGGUGGAAAAGCAGAAAUGCAGCUCCACAUUCGUUGUCAGCAUCAUUAUCAGUCAGCAUGUUCUGUCUCAUCAACAACGUUCACUCCCACUGUGACAGUACUUGUUCUUAAUGCUAAAGGUUAUCUCCAGCAGCAUCAAGGACGGUGUUUAGUUAUGAAGGGAAGAAGAUCUUUAAGGAGUAAUUUAACAUUAAAUAAGUCGAUUGAAAUAAAGAAAAACAGAUUGUCCUUUAAAAGAAGAGGUGUCACUUUUUAAGCAGUGUGCCGGUUCCAGCUGCUCAAAUCUGAUGGUUUACAUCUUUUAUGUUGGAAUGACAGCAGAGGUUUGGACUGUUGGUCUGAAGGGACAAACUUUAUGUCUCGAAAAAGCUCCAAUCCCCCAACUAAUUCAAUCCCACUAAAGCCAACUCCAUAUUGUAAUAGCUACAUUUUAGUCCAACUUAAAAACCUCAUGCAUCCUGAUGAUGAGAUAUUUUUUUCGUUGUUGUCCAGGAAAGGAGGGAAAUAAAAGUUGCAUUUGGAUAUUUAUGCAGAUGUUUAAAAGUGAUUGUACUUCAUCUGGCUCCUUUCCCUACUCUGCUUCUUCUAAACUGGUGCUGCUGCAGAUGAAUCAGUGUGAGCUGUUGUGAACUCACACUUCAUUUUUGGGGGUGGUGUUUCUACAGUUUCCUAUAUGUCACUUGUCUCAUGUGGAGCUGCAUCUUUUUUUUUCCUUUUCUGGUCUUGAGCCCGAUUAUCACAAACACAAUGACGUUAAUAUGACCUGUUUGAUGUUUCCACUUUACAUAGUACACCUCAGAGAACGCCAUGAAAGAGUCAUCGUGGGUUAUAUUAGAACCGCAGUACUUCCCACGCCGAGUGUUUGACUGUCUUUAUUGUUUAAAAAGUGACAGCAAUCAUUUAAAGUUUAGAAAAAGUAGCAAAGUAACAAAGUGCUAAUCUGGGCCAUGUCAUGUUUUGGAAAGUUCUAGAAGUCCAAUUUGGAAAGAAUGUGGGGAAGUAUUUUUUUUUUUUUGUGUCACCACUACCUCCUCAGUGAUCAAAACUAAGUGCCCAGACACCAAACAAAUACUACACGCUUCAUAGUUUGCUGUUGGAAAAGAUAAAAGCUCAUUCAUGUUGAAGAAAGAGAUUAUUUUUGACGAGUCAUGGAGCAUCACCUCCUCUGUCUUUGGGUUGUCUCUGUUUCCUGCUAACAAAGUGGAGGCUGAUAGAUUGAUCUGCAAAAGACAGGCUUUGUGUUGAUAAAUAAAUGGCACAGCUGUGUUAUCAACCCUUUAGAGUCCCUCUCUUCAGUCCAACAAUCCCAUCAAAUCUGUAAAUCAAAUGUCACUUUGUCGCUUGUUUGCAGUUGGUUCCCCUCUGUAUCUAAUCACAAGUUGAGUCAGGUUUUAGAAACUUGGGAGAUCGCUUGCACUUGGGGAGGGGGGGGGGGGUGGUGCGACUGAGCACCGUCUACUUUGUGUGCACGUGGUGAUGUGUCGUCGUGACGAUGAUGCAUGUUGUCCUGUUUGGCUCCAAGUCACACAAAUGAAGAAAUGCUGACAUGAAGGAGGCCUUAACGUUCAGCUUCCAAAGACGCACAAAAAUGUUUACUGAAGUGGACAGUCACUAAUGUCUCAGUGGUCUUAAAGCUAACAGGUGCUACACUGUACAGUUUUUAUCUGUGUGAAAUAUCCGUUGUCCAUCCCCAGCCUUCAACAACAUGUUUGAAUUUAGAACAGAUUUCUCCACUGUGCUCCUUCUUUUGUCGAUGUAGUGCGACUAAACUGACAAAAUGAAGGCUUAUAUAAAGUAAUAUCAGCUGGACUAAUAACCCAGAUAAUAGAGUGAUAAAGAAGAAACAGUAACACUGGAUUCAAAGGUGUACAUAUUCACAAGUAACCACACUGUAACUAGCAUAUACAAGUGGCUUUAUAUGAGUCAUUAUGAAGCACUUAGUAAUGCCUUAUCCCUCAUCAAUAUAUCCUCCAUCUACGAGGACAUUAUCCAAAAGUUUUCCCCCCAUAACAAUCUGAUAAUUACGGCGUCUAAAUGUUGAGUAAGAAAGUUGUUUGUAUGUUAAGAUCUUAACAUGAGUCUCACUAUGGGCCUUAUCAGCAGGGAAGUACCACAAUACUGAGCAAAGCACAUCAAGUUUGUGUUUCUAGUCAGCGUUGCACAACAAACUGUAAUUGUAUUGUUUCUGCGAUAACACAUCACAAAAGAUGCUUGAAUAGGGAUCAAUAACGGAGAGUAGUUUCAUUUAGAAGAACCAUGCAUUGAUACUCAGCAUGCCAAGAUUGAACCUAACCGAUGGAGUCCUGGAUACUUGUGUAUUUAUAACACCGGCAAGCAUUCAGAUACAUUCAGAUGAAAUGUUGUCCAUUUUGUUUGGCAGCUGUAAGGUUAACCAGCUCGAAAGCUUCAGAAGGAAAGAAGAGUGAGGAAAAUGUCGUUGAUGAAGAUCUUGCAGUAAAAACCAAAGCACUAGAGCUGUUUCAUAAUCAUUAUUUCAUGGAGAUACAACUUGCUUCAAACACAGGAAGACAUAAGACCUGUAAGUUACAGCUCAACUCUUAGGGCACAUAUCAGCAUCACAGUUUUUUUUUUUUGAACAGUAUGAUCACUAAUCACAUCGUUUAAUAUCAAGGCAUUUCAGAAUAAGGUCAUGCACAACGGGGCAGAACAAAGCAGUUUAUAAUUCCUAAUAAGGUUCCAAUAUGCCAUUAGCAAGCAUGCUAUGAAGCUAGGUAAUGAUACAUUUGUGAAGCUUUUCUGUACAAAAACGAUCUCACUACAAGGCACAGUCUGUAGGUAUUCUGGAGAUUUCACUGAUUAACAACCCCCUAUAAAAGGUAUAUAAGGUAUAUAUCGCCAUUGACUUGAUAUUCUCUAUUAUAAUGACUUGAUUUAUCCCCAAAUUUGUCGUGAUAUCCCCUUUACCGAGUUAAUUUAUCCAAAAUAUUGACUUGAUAUAUUAUAUUGACUUGGUACGUCCUCUUUAUUGACUUGAUUUGUCUUCAAUAUGGACUUGAAAUAUAUCCCCUAUAUUGACGUAUGUAUAUGCCCUAUAUCAAAAUGAUAUAUCCACCAAUGUUGAGAUUUAAAACUGAAAAAAAAAAAAAUCCAGAUUUAAUAGUUUUUUAUCAUUUCUAAAAAUGUUCUUCAACUCCGUAUACUGAGGUUGUUGGUGUGAUGCAGUUGAAAGUGCAGAUUAGCUUUAUGGUGAGAGAGGCUAGCUCACCUCUAGGUCUCAGACCCCUGCUGUGUCGGAUUACGCUAUAAAAACUAGAGGACUAAAUCAAUCAAAUCAGAAGAGGAAAUUGGUGAUAAAGAACACAGAGGAUUUGUAUUACUCAUCAAGAGAAUGAUUUUUUUUUUUUAGUUCACAUUAAAGGACCAUACCUGUGUGUGUUGUAGCUAUUGAUUUCAUAUCAUACAGACAUCAUAUAACCCUCCUGUAGCUUUAACAAUAGAUCAAGCAGGCAUACUGUUCACUGUGAUGGCCUGAUUUAGGUGUCUACAGUUUCAUGGACAGAAAAAAAAAAAAAAAAACAAGUGCCUGAUGGGAAAAAAAUGGAAAUGUGCUGUAACAUUAUGAGAGAAAAACACCAGUAUGGUCCUGUAAUAAAAUGCUGCAUUCAUGCUGCUGCUGUUACUAAUAGAACAGAAACACUAACUGAUCAGACUGUUUCUUUUUUUCACUCCUCUUUUAUUUCAUGUUAUGCAUCAGAGGGGAAAGGGUUUUUUUUUGUUUUUUUUUUAGCAGAGCAGGAACUGACGUUUUUUUUUUCUGUCUCAGACGUGCUUGAAUUCUGAACAAUGAAUGUGCUUAUCUUUGUCACACAAAAAAAAAAUGCUUUUUUUUGUCCUGUGUUGUUCUGGGGAGACUUAGAGAAUUUCAAGUUGCUUUCUACAAAAGUAAGGCUGCGUUCACACUGCAGGCAAAAGUGGCCUGAAUCUGUUUUUAUGCUGCCUGCUGUGAUUUCCCACAGGAGUCUGAUAACAGGCCACAUUUAAAAAGCAACGUGAACAGCCAAGCAAAACAAAUAUUCAGAAUUGAGCAUUAAGGCUUUCAGUGUGAACGCAGCCUUAGUGUCUUUGAGUGACAAAAGCUUUAUUCAUGUGAAUCAAUGUUUUCCUGAAAAUCUGCAGCGAAGCGAUGGAUUGAAAGCAGUGAAGUCAAUUUUUCUGUCAGAUCAUUUCAAGUUGUGGCAGAAAUGUGACCCUUUUGUUCGUUAUAUCAUUUCAUGGGGUGACACAAACUGGUUCUAAUAAAGAGCAAAGAGGAGACUGCUGUCAGUGUGAGAUUAACUUGAGAGAUUUUUGACACAAACGCUGUGAAACUGCUCAUCAGUCUCUGGUGGUUCUCCCACUGUUAAGACUGCAGUGCACACCCAGUGCUGCUACAGAGCUUAUUAACAUAGAAACUAAAUUCCUACACAGUAACACUUUGUUUUCAAUACAAUCUAUGGUAUUAAUGUCACUCAGUAAAGACUGAGAGGCUGAACAAGUGCUGCACAGAUUCUUCUUUUUUUUCUCUGCGUUAACUCUCACUUGGACGUAGCUUCAUCUUCACUUUUUUCAAACGUCUUAACACCUGCUGUGAAAGGAUGUCAUGUGUUUUAGUUUUGUCAGUUUUCUUUGUCCAACAUGUUCACUUUGUACCUACGCCCAUUUCCCGUACUGUUCAGUUAAUGUUCUGAGCGUUAAAUACGGUUGUAUCAUUUUGCUCCUUUUUGUGAUUGUUUUGACUUUUUAAAUACCUGUAACAGUUAAAUUUGUCUGCUGAUUUAGCUCUUUCUAAAAAAAAUGCAUAAUAUCCAUCUGUCCAUUGGGAUGAAGUGAUCGAUAUGACUGUUGAGGUUGGAAUUGAUCUGGUUACAGGGUAUCCAUCUGUUUCAUGGACAGCGUUAUUUUCCAUUAUGCAAAAAAGGCUUGAAUUAAUGAACACUUGUACAGAAAUUAAAAAGCUUAUUACUUUGAUUGA